CUGCAAAGUGCGGGAGCGCCGCGGGGCUUGGGGCGGCCCGCAUCCCGCAUCCCUCACCCCGCAUCCCGCAUCCCGGAUCCCGGAUCCCCGAGCGCCGUGCCGCCGCUCCGUAACCCGGCGGCGGAAGCCCCGGCCGGCCCGGCCGCCCAAUGGGCUGGGGCUGCGCGGCGCCGGGGCCGCGGCCGGGGCCGUCACUUCCUGGCCCUGCAGCCGCCGGCAGCGAGGCCACAGCCGGGGCCGGGGGCGGCGGCGCCCGCAGCCCGCCCGCACCGCCAGCACCAUGCCCUUUGACUUCAGGAGGUUUGACAUCUACAGGAAGGUGCCAAAAGACCUGACACAGCCAACCUACACAGGGGCCAUUAUCUCUGUCUGCUGCUGUCUCUUCAUAUUGUUUCUCUUCCUGUCUGAGCUCACCGGAUUCAUAGCCACUGAAAUAGUUAAUGAGCUCUACGUGGAUGACCCAGACAAAGACAGUGGAGGGAAAAUAGAAGUGAACCUGAACAUCAGUUUGCCAAACCUGCACUGUGAAUUGGUUGGACUGGACAUCCAGGAUGAAAUGGGAAGGCACGAAGUGGGUCACAUUGACAACUCGAUGAAGAUCCCUCUCAAUAAUGGGGAUGGCUGCAGGUUUGAGGGCCAUUUCAGCAUCAACAAGGUCCCUGGUAACUUCCACGUGUCGACGCACAGCGCGACGGCGCAGCCCCAGAACCCCGACAUGACUCACGUCAUCCACAAGCUCUCAUUUGGGGACAAGCUGCAGGUCCAUAACGUUCACGGAGCCUUCAAUGCCUUGGAGGGAGCAGACAAGCUCAGCUCAAACCCCCUUGCCUCUCACGAUUACAUCCUGAAGAUCGUGCCCACGGUGUACGAGGACAUGAGCGGCAAGCAGCGCUACUCCUACCAGUACACCGUGGCAAACAAGGAAUACGUGGCCUACAGCCACACGGGCCGCAUCAUCCCGGCCAUCUGGUUCCGCUACGACCUGAGCCCCAUCACAGUGAAGUACACAGAGAGGAGGCAGCCUUUGUACAGGUUUAUCACAUCGAUAUGUGCCAUCAUUGGAGGAACGUUUACUGUAGCUGGGAUCCUCGACUCCUGCAUUUUCACAGCAUCAGAGGCCUGGAAGAAGAUCCAGCUGGGCAAAAUGCAGUAGCAGUGAAACUCUACCCUCGACUCCAAGGACAGGAGCAAAGAUUGAGAAAUCUACCACUACCUGUUUUUGUCUUUAUUUUCUAUUUGAUUGAAUCAGUAUGUUUUUCUCUAAUCAGGCUGGUCAGUGAAGGCGUCUUCAACAAAUCAAAGAAAUCUCCAUGCAUUUCAGAGCUCUGAGAGGGAAAAAUCAGUGGAAUCAGGGUGUGGAUUUUGAUUCCCUCCCCCCAGAGAGAGAGGUUGAAAUGCCAUAUGAGAUCUAAGUGAGGAUGGCAGUCUGUCCUCUGGGAGGUUCCCGUGGCAGUGUACAAACUAGGGAGUAGAUGGCAAAGAGCUGAACUGUCUUGUGGCACUUUUUGGAGUUCUGUUGGAUUUGCAUGAUCAGACAAUCGACUUUUGUAUAGGGCAAAAUUACACAUGAGGAAGAAAUUCCACCCAUGGUGCCAAAAAGGUGAUGUGUCUGUUGGUGAGGAGUGGAAAGUGUUAGUCCCCACAGCAAACCUAAGAGACAGAGGGCAGAAAUAACACCAGGAAAUGUUUUGUGCUUCUAUUGAAAGCUCAGUUGUUCAGAUACAACCUUUCUAACCAAGUGAAAAAAGAGCAGGAAGCCUUCCCCAGCUACCUUUUCCUAGGUAAUCUGUGAUCCCAGCAGUGGAGGGCAUUUCUUUUACUCUGGAUGUAAAAGUGGUUUCAUUUCUUCCCACUAACUGAAUAUCCAGUCUUGUGUUUACAGGUGGCAUGAAGUAAAAACCAAACUGAGCAACACAGUUUUAUGUGGCCUUUGCUUUGAAAGGGAAUAGUUGUCUUUACAGCAUUAGCUUUUCUUUCUUCUGUUUCUAAACACAGACCACCCAGAAGUCUGGAUUCUGCACUUCUGCUUUAUUGUUGUUGUUGUUUUUUUGAAAAUAGGUUUUAUAUUCUCUGUGCUCAGAAAAAUGGUGCAGCCCUCUGGGUGGAUGAGCACAGCUUCCUCUCUUGCUUUGUGUGUGUGUGUUCAAUACACCUGUCAAACACAGGAAUUCUGACUUUUCAGGAUUUAAGGUGCCUCCCUUUUCCUUUAAAACUCAGCCAGGCAUCUUUCCUGAGCCCUGGACUGACACUGCUCUCCCACAGGUACACAGGGCAGCAUUCCCACAGGCUGUCCCUUGCUGGGAGUUUUGUUUGAUCCCUUAAAGAGAUUCCUGAGCUUCCCUGUCCCUUCCUUCAAGCCUUGUCUUCUGGAGCCUCCAAAACACAGAGGUGUGAGGGGAAAACUCCUGUGCCAAGGGUGUCUUGCAUGUCAUUUGGUCCCAAAAAUGAGACCAGAUGCCCACCAGUGCAUUUUCCAGAGCCUCAUCAGUGUUCCUUGAGUAGUGACAGCCUCUGCAUGCCUUGUGAGUGUCUGAGCUGAGGAUACACAGAUUUUAAGUCUUUCAGGAUGGGUUAAACAAAAAGAAUCAUAAAAUAAAGAUCUUGAACUCAGUGCUGUAAAUUUUAAGAUGGGUGCAGGGUUUCUCUUGGAUGAUAUCCAUUGCCUUUUCCUGGAGGCAGAAUAUCCAGACUUUAUGCUGUGAUGAUAUGAAUUGUUGAAUAUUCAGUGUUAUUGUUAGAGUCAGAUGCAUUUCAAAAGAAUUCCUGAUUGUCUGUUGAAAUUGUCCCCUUGCUUUGGAAGCAGGCAAGGUGUAGCCAGUUUUACCCACCCACCAAAAAGAAGCAGCCAGCUCCUGUCCCCCUGCCGUGCUCUGCCCUGUACUGACUUUGGACAACAUUGGAAUUUUUCCCUGUUCUUCUCUGGACUGAUUGCUCUUCCUUUAGGUCCAAACUGGGUUGUGCAACUUCCUGUACCCGUUUAUGUAUGGGUAGAUUUUUUUUUUACUUUCUUUUUUACUUUUUUUUUCCCCCCAUUUACAAAAAUGAACUUUUUCAAUGAGAUGCUUGUGUGUGUCCAUGUGCCUGCGAGUGGAACCCUCUGGAUGUGGAUUUUCCAUGGCAAGUGCUUCUCCUGCUGGCUGAAGGAUUUCCUCUAAUCCUCUGUGACCAGCUGAAACUCACAGCUCAAAUGUCCUCAUUUUUCCUUUUGGAUUUGGUGAGUCUUUGCUGACAGCUUGGGAACAGUGGAUUACAGCAAUGAGAUUUUUAAUAUUUUAGCAUCUUCCUUACACUGAGAUUUAUUUAGUGCAUCCUUCUCCUGAGCUGGGCAAGGGGAGAUCUUUGCAGUACAGUUCGUUUUCUGAAAUUUCUCCUCUGUUACAAUUUCUUAGACACAAACAAAGGUGGUUGCAGAUUCUUUGUGUCCCCUGGUGUGUUAUUCCCAUCAUUUUCCCCAUUCCUUGUCUGUAUUAAACUGCCUCCUGUGCAGUCCAGGCCAGUUUUCUAAACCAGACCAGUGAAAUUGGUUUAUUUGGGGUUUGUUUUGUUUUUUUUUUUUUUGGAAGUAACACACUUCAUCUCUGCCAAAACAUCCCCUGCAAUAAGGUAAUAAAUCAAUUUUUGGGGUUUUUUUUUUUUGCGAGAUGUGGAAACCAAAUUGUACUCAAGUUCUGGCAGGAGGAACAGUCUGUGCUUGGUUCUGUAAUCCAGGUCUGAGCCUUUGAGAGCUGCAGGGUCACACCGUGGUGCUGCAUCGUGUGCUCACAGCAGGAUCUGCUCCUCACCUGCCCAGGUGUGAAGGCAAGGCACUUACUGCCCCUGCGCCCGCGAGAUCUCACUUUUAUUCUGAAUUCUCUGAAGAGAAAACGAGCUUAGUCGUGCUUUUAAACGUCCUUGCAAACAAAAGAAUUUCCAGUCGGAGCAGAAGGAAACCCUGAGUUGUGGGGUUCUGAUUUUGCCCUUUCAAGUCAGUGUUUUUAUACAAAACUUUGGGUAUCCAAAAAAGUCAUCCCUGUAGGAAAUAUUUGAAACUCCCAUUUUAAAUUAUUCCCUGUAACUCCAGACUCCACUCUACAGUGAGAACUUGAGGCAUAGGAUGCUUUGCAAUGGUGGAGUUAAAAACUUCUAGGGAAAGUUAUUAGAUGUACUCUAGGCGUUAUUUGGACUGCUGAAGAAGAUUUUUAAAAGAAAAUAAAAUGGAAAUGGGGUACAAAAAUCCAGGAGAGAUGAGUCUGUGAAUGUGUGAUCUGAUCUCUCAAAUCCUUGCGUUUAUGAAAAUGAAAUUUGCAAUGAAAAAUUUGAAAUUUGCUGUGAAAAAUGAGAUUUGCAGUGUAGGUGGUGGCCCUGUCUGCCACCAGCUCCUGAGUAUUUCUCAUUUCUUGUUCUUUCUCUGUGUGACACAGGGCUGUUGGGGCUGGGGUGAGUCUCUGCUGUACAAGAGUUUUUGAUUUGCAGGUUGGGGGUGUGGGUUUGUCCCUGGGAUGUGGGAGAGGGGCAGGGAGGAGGAGCAGCCCCGCCGUGUCUGGUACUGCAAUGUUCAAAGCACAAGUCUUUUACAUUUCUACAGUGGAGACCGUUAAGGAGUUCUGGCAUUUGUCUUUUUAAUUUGCAACCUUAUGUUAAUAAACUAUUAGCCUUUUUAGUUCCAUAAUUGAAAAUAAAACUCUCACGUGUUUU